AUGGCUUCUGAGACAGACGGCAACUGCUCCAUCUGCCAGGACACUCAGAAGGAUGUGGCUUCUGCUCUGCCGUGUCACCACCGUUUUUGCCAGGGCUGCAUCCUGCGGUGGACACACAUAAAUCCCGUGUGCCCACUCUGCAGAAGGACGAUAGAGACUGUCAGGUUUUCUGAUGACUCCCUGGAGAUUGUCAUCACAGCCCCUGAUGAGCUGCCAGAUGCCAUCAGCCAGGCAGGGAGAGCUCCUGAUGGCCCUCAAGGAAACAGCCCCCAUUCCCCUCCACACGGGACAGCACCUCAAGCUGUCGGUGGUGUCCUGCCUGACCUCUGGGCAGAACUUUUCCGUCGACAACAGCAACUCCUGGACCCACUGCGGCCCUGGCUGCACCAGAGGCUGGAGACCAUCUAUGGGGACCAGUGGUGGCUGGCAAGGAAUGCACAGAGCAGCAUCUUGCAUGCCCUCUGUGUCUUUGGUCCAGAUGUGGAGAUCAUGGUCCAGAGGCUGCAGGACAUCCUGGAGGAACACACAGUGCCACUGGUCCAGGACACCAUCAGCAUCAUUGUUGGCCAGUGCAGUGAGGAGGCCAGGAGGCUGCUGCGUUCCCACGCUGCUGGGGAUGAGGACGACAGCCCAGCAUCUUUGGAUGCAGCUUUCUCCACCCUUCUGGUGCCCUUCCCCUUCCUUUUGUGCCCUAGUGUUGCUGACACCUGGGUGAUUGGGUACACAGCCAUGGGCCACCAGAGCCCCAGGGCCGUGUCAGUGACCCCUCUUCCUACAGGAAUUCUUGCUGCAGUUGGAUUCCAGCGUGCAUCCUACCAACAGUAG